GGCUUUCUGUUACUUGAACCGGGUCCUGAAGGAGGACAGAGAACGAGUUGGGACGUUGGAGUAAGGGCUGAUGUGGCGCCCAGUAGGGGUGCGGAAGCGGAGUGCGGCGGCAGCGAGGAGUCCUUACGGCCCUGGGGGCGGGGUUAGAGCUGAAUCACCCGAGAGGGAGCCUGCUUUGGAGGAAGCCCAGGGUGACAUAUUGACCCCCCUGCUCCCCAGUGUCAGCACGAUGUCUUCCUCCAACCCUGAGGAUACCCGCCGAGAGCCUGAGUCUGAGCCUGAACCCUCAACCUCCAAGCAGAAACGGAGGGGAAAGCGGCCACAGCAAGAGGCCAGCGUCCACGCCCUCACCAGGGCUGGCCACGGGGCGCUCCUGGCUGGCCGGAACCACGAAGCCCUGACCAUCUUCCAGAGGGCCUUCGUCCUGGCCUCGGAGGCCCCGCAAACUCGCGACACCCCUGUUCUCCGGGCCUGUGCCUUCAACCUGGGGGCUGCCUACGUGGAGACCGGGGACCCAGCCCGGGGCCUCGAGCUGCUCCUGAGAGCCCGACCUGAGGAGAAGGCGCAGGGCAGGCGUCAUGGCGACCAGUGUUUCAAUGUGGCUUUGGCCUACCACGCCCUGGGCGACCUGCCUCAAGCUUUGGCCUGGUACCACAGGGCCCUGGGUCACUACCAGCCGCUAGGCGACCAUGGGCAAGUCCAGGCAAAAAUGGGAGCCUGCUACCAGGCUCUGGGACAGCCUGAGCUGGCAGCCCACUGUCUGCAGGAGGCAAGCCGGGCCUACGCCCAAGCAGGGCAGCCCCAGGCUGCGGCCUUGGCCUUGGGGGCUGCGGCGGGGUGUAUGCUGAAGAGCGGGCGGCAUGGGGUGGGCGCGGUGACGCGGGUGCUGGAGGAGAGCCGGAGGCUUGCUGAGAGGAGCCCUGAGCACAGACUGCUGGGGCAUCUCUAUAACGACCUAGGCCUGAGCUACUGCCAGCUCCAGCUGUUUCCGCUUGCAGCGGAGGCCUUCCUGCGGGCCCUGCCCCUGUGUCGCGGGCCGGGAGAGGAGGCCACGGUGCUGAGGAACCUCGGGACGGCCCACAGUGCCCUCGGCAACUACCGGCAAGCCCGGGAGUGUCACCAGAAGGCUGCUGACCUGCAUGGCUCUGGGGGGCAGCGGCGGGAGCAGGGCCGGAGCUUUGGCAGCCUGGCAUUUGUACUGAGCCAGCUGGGGGACCACAGGGCAGCCAGAGACAACUACCUACACGCCCUGCAGGCGGCCCGGGACACUGGGGACACGAAGGGCCAAUGGCAGGCCUGCGAGGGGCUGGGGGCUGCCGCAGCCAGACUGGGGCAGCACGACCAGGCCUUGACGUACUAUAAGGAGGCGCUGGCUCGGAGUCAGAAGGAGCCAGACUCUGUGCGGGACCGGCUGGUGGCCAAGCUGGCGGACGCCAUGAGGACCCACCUGGCCCGGGCCGGGCUCGUCCCCACACACACCCUGACUUGGGCUCCAGGGAGGCCCCAGGCUCCAGGAGGGCCGGGAAGGGGCAGAGUGGAAGUGAGGCACAGGUCUUCGGGUGGGUGGGAGGAAGAGGAAUUGGAGGAGGGCCAGGAGGAGAGAGAGGACCAGGCCCCACCGGAUGUCCCCGCGGCGUCUUGGGCGCAGAGGCUGGAGUGUGAGUGGCAGCAGGCUGUCCCUAGCUGUGCAUCUCCUACCUGGACACGGGAGCACUCUCUCCCCCACGUUGGUUUCCUGGAUGCCCCGCCUCCCCCUGGGUCUGCCGCUGACUGUGCCGUCCUCCGGGCAGCAGUGGGCGGUGGGCGGCCCAGCUUUGCCAAGCGCCUGCCCCGAACGCACCCCGACACGCACCCUCCUUGUUCUUCUCCCAAAGUUUUCUCUUUGCACCAUGUGGUUCUUGGCGCAGAGAGGCCUGUGAUGAGUGUGCCCGUCCCUCUCCAUCCAGGUCCAGGAUCCGGGGCCCAUCUCCCGCUUGGAGGCCAAGGCCCCCUCCGAAUGGAGCAUCCUGGCAUUCUGGUCCCCAGUGGCCCCCAAGUCAAUAGGUCGCCCGGAUGGCCCAGGGAAACCCCAAGCAGGAACCCUCAGAGGAGACUCGCCAAGUCUGGGUUCUGUACGAUCAUGUGACUCCACUCUGCUGGCCCGGAACGCGGCCUCUGUGCUUCCUCCGCAACACUCAAACGUUCCGGGUUUCUGGGACCAAGCCUCUUCCCGGGGGUUCAGCGCUGCAUGGACACGUGAUGUGCCACCAACGACAGAUGGGCCGUUGUGCGCAUUGAACAAGGGCUUGGCGGUCUCGGCACUGAGAUGUUCAGUUUGCUCCUCGCUGGAAGUUUGGGGCUCAGGGGGCUAAAGGAAAGAGGAACGUGGACAGUGAAUUUCCUUCUGGAUCCAAACCUCAUGAUUGCUAAGGCCCCUGCCAGUUCCAAAAGCUGUGACAUGUUGGCCAAGAGGCUUUGCAGUCACUGACGUCUCCAGACGUCUAUUUUCUCGAAUGGGAAACGGGGAUAUAGCCCGAGAGAGGACACCUCUGAACGCACUGCUGUACCGUCGGGGGUUUGGGAGGCAGCCCCGCAGGCCUGUGGGACAGCCGCGAUGAGCGGUCACACGGCGGUCACACAGGGCACAAACCACACGGUGCUUCCUCCUGCAGUCCUCACAGUGGAUGACCCCCUUUCCCAGAUGUGGAAAAGACAGCACCAGGGUUAAUGAGUUUGUCCUCUCAGGCUACACCACUAGGCAGUGGGGAAGCCGGGACUCAAACCCAGGCCGUCAACACCUUCUAGAACGCGGGGCAGUUCCGCGCCUCCACCCCCGCCCCGGUCAUGCUGGUGCUUACCAAGAGCUGACCGUGUCGGUACCAAAUGUGCUUACGCUGGCGUAUGUGUUAUUGCAAUUUGUCAUUUAAUUAAAUAUCAUGCAAACUGGUGAACCAAGUGUGAAAACAAGCACUGUUUCUAUGAAAACUAAGUCGAAUCCUUAGAAGUCUUGAUUAAGGUGACUCAAUUCAAAAACUACUAUUGAAUUAGAUGGGACCAAGACAAUUAUCACGUUUGGCUGCAAAAUAAUAAAAGUCUAGAUGAAUUUUGCUCUUAGAUUGCUUCAACCACGCCACUCGCUGUUCGCCCCCGUGAGCAAACUGGAAAUCGCAGGUGGUCCAUUUAUGCGCGAAGGAUGAAGAAGUCAGUCGCGGCCUGUUCUCCAAGAAGAGACCCUGGCCACACUUUGACAGAUGGCAGAUGAAUGUAUUUUUUUUGUUUUAAGUUGAAAUAAAAGAACCCAUUCCAGGUCGUGUCCGAGAAGAGGGUUUCCACUACACCGGGAACUCCUCACCGU